AGUGUCUUCAAAUAGCUUUUGGCAACAUUGAUUGCAGUUCACACAAAAAUAGCAUCCUUAGAUAUAUUUUCUACGGUGAAAACUACGUUGUUUUUAUUAAAAAGUAUUUGCUAUCGAACUUUGCACACUCCUGCACUAAUGAAACACAUUUUUUAGUUUGUUUUGUAGCAAAACUAAAGGAAUGAACUUGGGAUAAACUCGGAAAACUAUCGUUUACCGUCAACAUUUAUCUUUAAUCAGGAGCAACAUUUGUUAACGUUUGGAAACCGCAAUCAGAAAUAACACUUAAUAAUAGUUUAAAAAUCAGAGUUAAAAAGAUAAUUCAUUUAUGGAAUCAUUUAAUAUUAGCUCUACAAGUGUUAUGCCAAAGUAUGAAUACUUUGAAAUGCCAGCUUCAAAAGAAUUCCCUUCCUGGUUUUCUAUACUAUUUGCUAGUAUUAACGGAGCAGGAUUUUGUUUAAACACGUUGUCAUUGUGGUUAUUGGCGACUCGAAAGUUUGUCUACCGAUAUAAAAUUAACGCGUUUAUAGUGUCGCUUUGUGUUUCCGAUUUUUUAGUGUCUUUGGGAAGUUUUUAUUUUUUAGGAACGCUAAGCAAUGAUAACAUUUCCGCAUUUUCCAAGCGACUUGCAAUCAUAAUAUUUAGCUUUUCUCUAGAAACCUCGCUGAUGAGUAUUUGUUUUUUAAGUUUGGAAAGAUUUGUUGCAAUUUGCAAGCCGUUUCGUUAUAGUGAAAUUUUAUCUAAAACACGGGUGACCUGUAUUCUUACUCUUGGAUGGAUGUUCUGUCUUGCAUUACUUGGUGUUCAAGUUCUAUUUGGUUUUGUUUACAAAAAACAUCGAUAUUUUUACAUUAAUUGGAUAGUUUUUAUUUGUUUAUCGAGCUCGUCUAUACUAAUAAAUGUUGUUGUUUACACAUAUCUUACUCAUGAAAUUCACCGUCAUUCCUUGCAUAUCAAGUCAUGCUCAAUAUCUUCGCAUCCAGGUGAUUUAGGGGAGUCAACUAGUGAUUAUACUGCUUCGGAUUCAAAAACCGAAGUCACUCUUAUGGGCAGCAGUUGUAGUGCAACGCCUUCUCUAUUGACUAAACAGAGACAUAGUUUAGAUAUAUACUUAGAAAAUCCAACAGAUCGUUAUCUUAAACACAAGGUAAUAAUAGCAAGAGCGGAACAACAAAAACUCUUACGAGCUGCGAUGGAGAACUCACUUUUUGCUCGCAGUAGUACGCGGCGUAGGAAUACAGUACGCCAGCAACUUAUUAAAAGGGAAAGACGUUCUGUUUUGUUAUGUUUUAGUAUUGUACUUGUAUUUUCCAUAAGUUGGCUGCCGGUUAUAGCAUUUUGUGCUCUAUGCGUUAUUUCAAACUCUUGUGAUAAAAAUGACCAGUUACUUUUUAUUUGUUUAUGCUUUGUUUCCUUAAAUUCAUUAUUAGACCCAAUUUUAUAUUUUAUACUUAAACGAGAGUUUAAGGACUUUUUAUUACGGAAAAUAUGCAAAAUGUCUUCCAGAUCUACAUCGAGAACAGCUAAUAGCAGUUUGCACAGUGGGAAAAACAGCGGCAUAAUAUAAGAAGCAUAGUAUCAUGUGAUUAAAAAAGAAUAAAAAAAUUAUAUUUUCUUGUUA